AUGAUCCGAUCGAGUGCGAGAGCAUGGCUCUCGCCACUGCUAUGCAGCAUCGCCCUGCUUCUCCUUUUUGCCGUCGUUGUUGACGCUUCUGUGGGAGACCGCCUCCCAGACUUUCGUGAGUGUGUCGAGGUUUGCAAGCAGGAGAACUGCCUGAAUUCCAAUCCGACACCGAUUCCUCUCCACCGCCGCCUCCUCUUCUGGACAUGUUCCUCCGAAUGCGACUACACCUGCCAACACAUCAUCACAAACCGCCGCGUCGACCGCGCGCUGCCCAUCGUCCAGUUCCACGGCAAGUGGCCCUUCCACCGCCUCCUCGGCAUGCAGGAGCCGGCCUCGGUCCUCUUCUCCCUCGGCAACCUCGUGGCGCACCGCGACGGCCUCCGCAAGCUCCGCGCCGCCAUCCCGACCGCCUACCCGCUGCACCCCUUUUACGUCCUGCUCGCCCAGGUCGGCAUCGCCUCGUGGGUCUUCUCCGCCGUCUUCCACACGCGCGACUCGACGGCCACCGAGCAGCUCGACUACUUCGCCGCCGGCGCCUCCGUCCUCUACGGCCUCUACUACACCGUCGUGCGCAUCUUCCGCCUCUACCGCGCCACGCCCCGCCGCCGCAGCGUCCUGCGCGCCUGGUCCCUGCUCUGCGCCCUCCUCUACGCCGCCCACGUCGCCUACCUCAAGGGCGUCGCCUGGGACUACACCUACAACAUGGCCGCCAACGUCGCCGUCGGCAUGGUCCAGAACGCCCUCUGGGUCUGGUACAGCUACAGCAAGUACCGCGAGACGAAGCGCGCCUGGGCCGUCUGGCCCGGUCUCGUCGUCGCGAGCGUCAUCACCGUCAUGAGCCUCGAGCUCUUCGACUUUGCCCCCGUCUGGGGCGCCCUCGACGCCCACAGCCUGUGGCAUCUCGGCACCAUUGCGCCGACGGUGCUGUGGUACAACUUCUUGAUCAAGGAUGCGCAGGACGACAUGGCUGGGACGGAGAGGCUCAAGGGUUGA